AUGGCCGCGGCGGAGCCGAGCCAGGACGCCGUGCUUCAGUUCCUAUCGGAGCGGGGAGGUCGCGCUCGCAACGCCGACCUGUUGGACCACUUCCGAGGCUACCUCAACUCCCCCGACCAGCAGCGCCGCUCGCGCGCCAGGGAGCGCUUCAAGGAGAUGGUCAACGCCGUGGCCACCGUCAGGCAAGAGCCCGGCUCCGGGGCCAAGUACGUGCAGCUGAGGAAAAAGUACCGGGUGGCCGUCGCGGCCGCAGAGCCGGCUGAGGAAACCGGGGGGCCCCGGCUGCCCCCCGAGCCUGGCGGAGAGGGCGAAGCUGCCCAGCGAGAAGCGGAGGAGCCCCAGAAGGAGGAGGAGAAAAAGAGCCUCCCUGUCGCCGUGGAGGAAAGCGGACCUCGGCAGCUUGAGGCGCCCGAUGCCGCUGAGGCGCCUCAGGCGACCCCUGGAGGAGGAGGAGGAGGAAGCCAGGAGGAGAGAGAGGAGCAGGAGGACAGCCGCUCUCAGAGCGGGGAGCCGGAGCCGGGCAGCGGCGAGACCCCGCCUGAGGACGCCGCCGCCUCAGGGGUGGCCCCCGCGGCGGCCCCCGCCACCACCCCACGUUGCGCGCGCAAGAACUUCCGCGAGCGGAUGCUGGGCAGCUCCCCUCAGCUGAAGCGCGGCGGCGGCGGCGGCACUCGCGGGAGCCGCUCCGCCGCCGGCGGGGGGGACUCGGACAGCGCCUCUCUGGCGUCGUCUUCCGCGGAGGACGAGGGCGGCGGCAGCAGCUCGGGCGGCUCGGUGGCCCUGGACCCCCUGGAGCACGCGUGGAUGCUGUGCGCUUCGGACGGCCGCUGGGAGAGCCUGGAGGGCCUGCUGAGCUGCGAGCCGUCGCUGCUGUGCAAGCGGGACUUCAUCACGGGCUUCACGUGCGUGCACUGGGCCGCCAAGCACGGGCGCCACGAGCUGCUGGCGCUGCUGGUCAACUUCGCGCAGAGGCACCGGCUGCCCGUGGACGUGAACGCGCGCACCAGCGGGGGCUACACGGCGCUGCACCUGGCCGCCAUGCACGGGCACCUGGAGGUGGUCAAGCUGCUGGUGGGCGCCUACGACGCCGACGUGGACGUGCGCGACUACAGCGGGCGCAAGGCCGCGCACUACCUGAGCCGCAGCACCGCCGACGAGGUGCGCAGCCUGGUGGGGGCCCUGCAGGACGAGGCCGACGGCGGGGCCACCAACGGCAGCGGGCGCUGGAGGCUCUCCAAGGUGCUGCCGGCCAACCUCAUCUCCUAUAAGCUCUCCCACCACCUCCUGCCCCACCACGGGGACGAUGGGGAGGCGGGAGACGGGGCUGGAGCGCCCGGCAAGGGCAAAGAACUGAGCAGGAAAACCUCGGGCAGCGGGAGGAUAAAACUCAACAAAAUCCGCUUCCGGACCCAGAUCAUCCACACCACUCCUUCUUUCCGCGGGGAUGCAGAGGAGGAAGGUCAAGAAGAAAGGUCCCUGAAAGCCUCUUUCAAGCUCAGACCUAAGUCCAAUGUGUUCGGGUAG